GGGGGGGGGUUAUAAAGGGUUAAUAAUACAAUUGUAGUUGUGUGUCAGAUGCUUUUUACUGUCUUGGUAGAUUAACAUGUCUUUUAGCAUUUUAACAAAAAAUGAACGUCUUUAGCAUUUUACAAGUAGGAGUACAAGAAAUGUCGCUUUAAAACUGGUCAAGCUUUAUGUUGGGUUUUUUGUUUGGCCCCCAUUUCCAUAAAAGUUGCCUGUCCCUGCUUUAGGCUAAUCCCUUUCCCCCCGCGAUUGGAAAGGCCCUCCAACACAUCUGUAAGACUUCUGUCAUUCUGGGAAACUUUGUAUUUGCAGCUGUGAGAGUGCAAUGUUCGUCACAGAUCUGGAUGCGAUUGGCCUUUUGGUAUUCGACUGGUUUAACCCUUCAGCAUGGCUGACAUGGAAGUGGCUCUCUCCCCUGCGCAGAUUGAGGCACUUCACCUCAGUCCGUCUUUGUCUCCUGCCUCCACAUUUUCCUGCCCUUCCUCUCCUGGAUCCUCUUCAUCCUCCUGCUCUGACUGCUCCCUGGACUGCCCCAACCACCAGCAUGAUUCCUCCAGCAGCCCCAGAAGCUCUAGCAGCCCCAGAAGCUCUAGCAGCCCCAGAAGCUCCAGCCCCAGCGGUUGCAGCAGUGGCAGUGAUGGCACGCGGGGCUGCAGUCCUCCCCUGGACUUGUGUGAGGACGCUGCUGUGGACCUGGACUUGGUCAUCGACCCGGAAGUGGCCCUCAAGGCUUGUCACGAGGUCCUGCAGAAGGUCAAACUCCUGAAGGUUGAGGAAGAACCGGAAAUAUUGGAAAAGUGCGCCUCGCAACGGCAUCUGCCCAAUGGAACAAUAUACCUGGAGUCUUGUGACACGGUCUUGGUUAAAGAAAAGGGAGUGCUGUCUGAUCCUCCUCAACCAAUGAAGCUGACGUGCCAACAGCCUUGUAAUAAAGGUUCCAUUAAAGAAGAGGAAGAAGAUGAAAUGUGUGAUCUUCCUCGACAUAUUCCCUGUGACACAGGCUUAAUUAAAGAAGAAGGAGAUGAUGACAAAGAGGAGAAAGGAGAGCCCCAUCCUCCCCAACAAACGAUGCGGAGGUGUCCUCAUCCCCGACAGCCAAACAACGACCAGUCCUCGGCGGCGGCCAAGCAGUCCCUGCUCUUGCGGCUGUUUGAGUCGAAGCUCUUUGACGUCUCCAUGGCCAUCUCCUAUCUCUACAAGUCCAAAGAGCCCGGCGUCCAGGCAUACAUCGGCAACCGCCUCUUCAGCUUCUCGGACGACGAAGUGGACUUCCACCUGCCCCAGCUGCUCAACAUGUACGUGCACAUGGACGAGGACAUGGGCGACGCGAUCCGGCCGUACGUGGUCCACCGCUGCCGCCGGAGCAUCGCCUUCUCCCUGCAGACGGCCUGGCUUCUGGGCGCCUACUCCUCCGACAUGCACAUCUCUACGCAGCGCCACUCGCGUGGCACCAAGCUGCGCAAGCUGAUCCUCUCCGAUGAGCUGAAGCCCCACGUGGCCUCUAAAGGGGUCACCCCGACUGAUGCUGGCGGCUGCCCCGGGCUACGGGACUGCUCCCGAAUUCACCACCAUCACCAGCGACACACGGGGGAGCCAUCCCCAGGCCCUGAUAACCAGGUUGUCCCUGCUGAUGCCUACCUCUCACCUUCCAAACGGACGCACCAGCGUUCCAAGUCGGACGCCACACAUUGCACGAGCCUGGGGACUAGCCUGAAGAGAACAGCCAGCAACCCCAAGGUGGAAUGUGGCUAUGAUGAGCCGUUGCGUCUGACGCCUCAGAGGGAGUUCAUUAAGUCCCUGAUGGGCAUCGGGAAGCGUCUGGCCACUCUGCCCACCAAGGAGCAGAAGACCCAGCGGCUCAUCUCGGAGCUGUCGCUGCUCAACCACAAGCUGCCUGACCGCGUCUGGCUGCCCACUGCGGCCUUUGACCACCAUGUGGUGCGUGUGCCCCACACACAGGCUGUGGUGCUCAACUCCAAAGACAAGGCCCCUUACAUCAUCUACGUGGAGGUUUUGGAGUGCGAGAGUUUUGAGGCGUCUGGGGUUCCUGCGCGCAUCCCGGAGACGCGCAUCCGCAGCGCCCGCUCGGCUGACAACCUCCUCCCGGAGAGCGUGGCCAUCACGGCCGAGCAGCGCGCCGGCAGCUUCUCCACUGUGCCUAACUAUGACAACGACGACGAGGCCUGGGCUGUGGACGACAUCGGCGAGCUGCAAGUGGAGCUCCCAGAAGGCCACACCAGUAGCAGUGACAACAUCUCCCAGUUCUCUGUGGACAGCAUCACCAGCACCGAAAGCAAGGAGCCAGUCUUCAUAGCCGCCGGCGACAUCAGGCGACGCCUGUCGGAGAACCUGGCCCACACACCUACAACGUUCCGAAGAGAUCCAGAGGACCCUUCCGCUGUGGCGCUGAAGGAGCCCUGGGAGGAGAAAGUCCGACGGAUACGGGAGGGCUCCCCCUAUGGGCACCUACCGAACUGGCGGCUACUGUCGGUCAUCGUGAAAUGCGGGGACGACUUGAGGCAGGAGCUGCUGGCCUUCCAGGUCCUCAGCCAGCUGCAGUCCAUCUGGGAGCAGGAGAGGGUGCCCCUUUGGAUCAAGCCCUAUAAGAUCUUGGUGAUGUCAUCGGACAGUGGGAUGAUCGAGCCUGUGCUGAACGCUGUCUCUCUGCACCAGGUAAGGAAACAGAGCCAGCUGUCUCUGCUGGAUUACUUCCUGCAGGAGCAUGGUAGCUACACCACAGAGGCCUUCCUUACAGCCCAGCGCAACUUCGUGCAGAGCUGUGCCGGCUACAGUCUCAUCUGCUACCUGCUGCAGGUCAAAGACAGACACAAUGGGAACAUCCUCCUGGACUCCGAGGGUCACAUCAUCCACAUCGACUUUGGCUUCAUCUUGUCCAGCUCGCCCAGAAACCUGGGUUUUGAGACCUCUGCAUUUAAGCUCACCAGCGAAUUUGUGGAUGUGAUGGGAGGCCUGGAUGGAGACAUGUUCAACUACUACAAGAUGCUGAUGCUACAGGGCCUGAUAGCAGCUCGCAAACAUAUGGAGAAGGUGGUGCAAAUAGUGGAGAUCAUGCAGCAAGGUUCUCACCUGCCCUGCUUCCACGGCUCCAGCACCAUCCGCAGCCUGAAGGAGCGAUUCCACAUGAGCCUGACCGAGGAGCAUCUGCAGGUACUGGUGGAGCAGAUGGUGGACGGCUCCAUGCGCUCCAUCACCACCAAGCUCUACGACGGCUUCCAGUACUUCACCAACGGCAUCAUGUGAACAGAUGCCCAACAUCACAUCGGAAAGCAAGCAAUCAUGGGCGCGCACACACACACACACAUACACGUCACGGAUGUGGGCAGCAGACCUAUGAAAUGGGACUCAAGGGGAAGAUUAGUGCUGCAGGACCUAUUUGCAAACUCUGUUUUAGACGGACCACCGUUCCGUCGUCCUUCUUUUGGCCUUGUAGAAGGGGAGUAUGUACCUUCUCUCCCUCUGGUCCGUAUAUCCACAGGACUUUUACCGCAUUGACUGUUUUGAAACCGGGAAUAACGCACAGUUAAUCAGACGCUCGACAAGGAUGAAGUAUUAAUAUUGGAGGAGGUACUUCAUUGGAUGUGGGGAGGGUCCUAUAAUCAGACUUUUUUUCAAGAGUGGACGAAAGAGAAAUAGCUGCUUGUUGUCCUGUUUAUUGAUUCUACAAGAGAGGAUGACAUAGUAGUAUGUAUUGUAAAUGUACCUAUUUUUGUUGUUCUUUGUUAGCAAAAUGUACAUCGAGAAGAGCCACUAUCAAUGGAUAAAGAAAGCACAAGACAUCAUUUGCUGAGGUUUUCUAAUGGACAUUUUCUUUGUUCUCUGAAACGUCUGUGGUUGUCAGGACUGAGCCAGCCUGAAGAGGGGGAGACUAUGAAAACCCCUAGUGUGUGUGUUGAAAACAAUGCUAUUACAAUGUUAUGAAGAUUGUUUAAAAACGAACUGGAAGUUUUCAGUGAACUAGGACCAACGCAUCUCUUAUUAGUGGGCCAAGCAUGCUACAAAGCUGCCUGUUGCAUUUAUUCUGUUCCCAUCUUUGAUAAUAGAAACUGUUUCAUUUCAGUCUAAGUUUCAGACAACAUCUGGGCUCUUUAUUAAAACAUCUGUACCACGCUUGGUGUUACGGAUGAAAACGUCAAUAUAAAACAAAAUCUACGUCAAUUCAACUGAAAUAGAAAAACUAUCUAGGGACGUGUCCUUACUGAAUAUGCCCUUGGCUUCAUGGUCAACCUAGGAUGUGAAACCACCAGGAAAGAGCAGAACACUUUUCCAGUGUACACUGAUGAGCCAAAACAUUAUGACCACUUGCCUAAUAUGCUGUUGGUCCUCCAUGCCGAUCCUUCAAGUCCUGUAAGUUGCGAUGUGGAGCCACCAUGGAUCAGACUUUUUGGUCCAGCACAUCCCACAGAUGCUCGAUUGGAUUGAGAUCUGGGGUAUUUGGAAGCCAGCGCAGCACCUUAAACUCUUCAUCAUGUUCCUCAAACCAUUCCGGAACAAUGCGUGCAGUUUAGCGGGGCAAAUUAUCCUGCUGAAAGAGGCCACUGCUAUCAGGGUAUACUAUUGCAAUGAAAGGGGUGUACCAGGUCUGCAACAAUGUUUAGGUAGGUGAAACAUGUCCACAUGAAUGCCUGGACCCAUGGUUUACCUAGAACAUUGUCCAGAGGACCACACUCCCUCCACUGGCUUGUCGUCUUCCCACAGUGCAUCCUGGUGCCAUCACGUCCCCAGGUAAACGGCGCACACAUAGGCGGCCAUCCACGUUAUGUAAAAGAAAACGGGACGCGAUGCACUGUGUUGUGACACAUUCCUCCUGCAACCAUUAUUGAAUUGUCAUACCAAUUUGGCCCUUGUCAAAGUCGCUCAGGUCUUUACUCCUGCCCAUUUCUCCUACAUCAAACACCUUGACUAUGAGAAAUGAUUGUUUGCUUACCAUCUAAUCUUCCCAGAGCUUCUCAUGUGCCCUUGUUAGGAGAUAAUCUACGUUAUUCGCUUCACCUCUGAAUGAUCGCAAUGUUUUGGCUAAUCAGUGUAUAUGCCGACCGCGGCAUACCAACCCUUACUGUCUGGGCCUUUGCUAAUGUCACUCUUUUGAACUACCAUACUUGAAUGAACGCUAGUGUAGUGAUGAGCCUCGUGCACUUAAUGACGGUUCAUAUUUUGAACCAAAAUGGCUACCUGUGGUGAAAUUUACAAAAUGGUGGCGAUGGAUUUAUGCAAAAUAUUACAAACAAAAAAACAUUGAUGUUCCACUAAUGUAAGUGUUUAACCUCUAACAAAAUGUAGAUAGUAAUGCGUUUAUUAUUGUAUGUGUGUUAACUUGGGUUGCAUAUUUAAUAACUGCUCAACAUGUUCCUCGGUUUGGCUCCGAAGCAUUCCUGUGACUAACUUGGACCAAUCUGGACAGGGUUGGCCUUGAGUAGACAUUGUAAAUAAUAGGAGUGAUGAUUUCAUUCCUCUGUCUGUUUGUCUUUGUCUGUUUAUUUCUCCCUGUCUAAAACCAGUAUCUCUCACAACUUGACUUUCUUUUAUAUGAUACUCGACAACAACCCAUGGUUUCUCUUUUUUGCGGUCUCUGACACAAACAUAUUCAGUAUUGGAGACAUUUCAAGAACUACAGGCUUGGGUAGCCUUUAACAUGAACUGCUCAAGUCUUGUCGUUAAAAGCUAUGUCCUAUGUGGGUGGCUUUUAUGUGUAACAAACGUGCAUUUCUCUCCGGAAAUGCGGUCAUCCCAUGAGCAGACUGAUGCAUUGAGAGGUGUAACAGUCAUAAAAAGUGGCGAGGCAGGAAGUGAAGAUUUGAGCACACCUGCUUGCUGUUGUCUAAAUAUUUCAUUUGCCUUUCCCUCGAUUCCUACCCAAGCAUCAUUCUGUAUGAUUAUGUAAAUAACUCUGAAGUGCAUUUAUCUUUGUUUGUGUGUUCUGUCAGUCAAAACUGAGAGUUGAUUUUGACGUCUCCUAAAUCAGAACCACAAAGAAACAGACUAUUGUCCAUGUACAGUAUUACACCAGCUAAAGGCUUGUCUGUUCAGACGACCAUGAGGUCAAGUGGUAGUGCAGAACAAUGUUCAGACCACUGCAGACACAUCCAUUGUAUGGAUCAGAUAUGUUCUAUUUAUAAAGUAUCUGUUCAAUGCAAGGUGUGCCUCCGACAGUCUGAAGCUAUACCCCCCUGAAAAAGGAAUGGUCUUGAAUAAAAUUUUCUUACUGUUAGCACCAACCCAAUUCUUAUUCCAGUAAAUCUUUAAAGACGUUUAGAAUGUACUUGUCCACUUUGUUCAUAAGUCUAACUAACACUCAUUAAGAAACUUCCCAUGUUUGACAUUUCGGUACAGAUUUAUCAUGUUGAGACUAAAUGCAUGACUCAUUCAAUAAAUCGCUUUUUUUUCCAUUUG